CUCGUGAUUAUGAUUUGCUUUGGCCGCGUUCUCGAUAAUUAUUGAAAUAAGGAAGAACAGAAGCGAUAACAGGAGGGAACGAUGGAGGACGAUGAAUCGGUGUCGCCUAUUAAUCACGAAAUACUCUCGUAUGAUGUGCUCUGGACCGCGCAGAUGACGCAGAAGCGAAAGACCUGGAACGACGGAAUCGUGAAACUUCAUACGUUUAAUAAACGACUGAUGCUGUACUCAUCUGAUCGAACUCUUCUCGACAGCAAGUAUCUCAAACGCUCCCACCUCGAGCUCGGCGAGACAAUCACGAUGGACAAGCACAUUAUCACAAUCGAAGACCAGAACGCGACAUUCAUCCAAGACGUCUCCGUCGUCAUCCGCCAACGCUCCCUCGCGAGCAAAAACCGCACCGGUCCGCCCCCAUCAUCGUCGUCGGCGGCAGCGUCUCCUGCAGCUACACCGGCUCGUCGGAAAGCAAUGAGGUUGUCGCCCCCGCGGUUGAAAGGAACGCCAAAGACGAGUAUUGCUGAUAUCCAGUCUUUUAUCUCACCGGGCGUGAAGAAUAUGCUUCUGCAAACGAGGUUUCCGCUUCUUCGCACUGCUCCUACUACUCUCAGUCAUACGUCACCCCCGAAAGGCACUUUGUCAGACACACCAUCGCUGCAUACCCCUCUCCCCAGCACAACAAAGUCUCUACUUCCCACCCGCCAUGCACCGAAUCCGACAACCGCCACAAUCGACAUCCAGAAAAACACUCAGCUACCCACGCCUCUAUCCAUCAAAUCCACAACUUCAAAAUUAUCAUCCACAGCUACCCCGACACCGACACCUACCGCAAAGAACGCACUGACACCACGCACCCCCGCCUUAUCCCCACUACGACAGCAAGGCUUCCAACUCGCCAGCGCACCUCUCGUGAACGCAAACACCGCCUCCUCACCAGAAGAUUCAAGACCUGAAACCGCCGGCAUAAUCGAAAUCUCUACACAUCCCAGACAUCCAGAGAAAGAAACUCCAGAAAAUCCAUACUCGCUGCCGUCGUCCUCUUCAUUCUCCUUCUCGUCCUCGCAGUUAUCAAACACUUCAGAUCACAACGACACACGACGUCCCGACAGCGAGGAGAGGAAUAAGAAGUCUGCGCCUACAAAACGGCCGUUGCUUAGUUUAGGUUCACGGAAAUCGAAAAAGGUGCAUCGAUAAUAGAUUUCCUCAAUGGUUUAGGGAGUAUUCUGGUUAUAUCAAAUAUAUUUGCGGUAUCAAUAAAGCACAUGAACAACACUACUACCACUUAAAACCUGGAAACAAUCUCAACCUCAUCUAAAUAAAACAAGAAAAUCAAACACAUGAAAGAAAACAAAUACAUAAAUCAUUUUAAUAUCAAAAGAGUGACAAAAG